GUUUUGAAAACUUGUAUAUGCCAGAAGUGGAUUUUGGCGCCGUUUCUCAUCAUUUUCCUCCAUUGAUUCUACAAACUAUAACGGUUGCUUGCCUUAGCCCUUUGGAGUUUCCUUCACAAUCAAUAUAUUCCAAAUGAAAAGCUGGGAACCCAUUCCCAGUUCUGGAGGGCAAAGCAUUACAUUCGAUGCCUUCAAUAUUCUCCCAAAUUUUCAUUCAUAUGUUCUAGCUAGAUCUCUCACCAUGUUUCCUUCAGCUUUCCAACAACUCCAUCCAAUUUGGAUUCAGCCCAGAUUAAUUUCCUGUCUCUUUCCCCUUCAAGAAAAUUCGUUUUCCUCAUAUGGGUCGUUCUCGUUUCUGUUCAUAAUUAUCUAAAUUCAAUUGGGUUGAAUUCCUUCAUACUGUUCUUUACUUUUUUGGCAAAAUUCUAAAUGCUAAUUUUGUAGAACUUGUGGGUAUGCAGUUCUUUCUCUUUUCUUCCUCUUGUUGAUGAUUUAUAUCAAUUGAAUUUGUAGUUGACGAGAAGUCGACCAUGAAAUUUGGAACACUUUCAUAUACGUUUCAUAAGCUACGUGAAUCAGAUUCCUGAAAUUAAGGGGCUUUUCUCGGGAAAUUAUUGAGUUUAGCCGAGUGAAUAUGUUUAAAUCGAAGGAUACUUACCGGGAAAUAGUCAUAUCAAGAGGUGGAGAAGGUGAGGAAUCUCCAGUGCCCAUGAAAACUCAGUCGGCAGCUGAAAGGACCAAGUCCAUUCAUCCACCAAUUGGAUCCCAUUGGCUUCUUCCCUCUGCAGGAGAAGACAAGGCUUCUUCAUCAUCUAACAUCAAAUCAAUGUUAACUUAUCCAUUCAAGUUUCGGGACUCGCUGAAGAAACGUGGAAGGAGCCAAAGCUUUCAAAAAGUCCUGGAAGGAGCUCAUGAUCCAAAAGAUGAACGUCUCGUUGAAUCUUUCCGUGAAUUGCUGUUUGUUGAGGGCAUCUUACUAGGGAAGCACAAUGAUUAUCACACUCUUUUAAGAUUUCUGCGAAUGAGGGACUUUGAUCUUUCAAAAGCCAAAGAAAUGUUGGUAAAUUAUCUCAAGUGGAGAGAAUGCUAUAAGGUUGAUGCAAUUCCAAAGGACUUUAAUUUUGAGGAAUAUGCAGAAGUAAAGAAAUGCUAUCCUCAUGGAUAUCAUGGGGUUGAUAGAUGUGGAAGGCCAAUAUACAUUGAAAGGAUUGGGAUUGUAGACCUUAAUAGACUAUUCCAAGUGACUAGCAUUGAAAAAUUUGUCAAGUAUCAUGUAUCUGAACAAGAGAAAACAUUGAAUGUGAGGUUCCCUGCCUGUUCAAUUGCAGCUAGGAGGCAUAUUGCUUCCAUGACAAGUAUUUUAGAUGUGAAUGGAGUGGGAAUGUCCAAUUUCUCAAAGCCUGCGAGAUGCCUCUUUAUGGAAAUUCAGAAGAUUGACAGCAACUACUAUCCAGAGACUCUAAAUCAGCUCUUUAUAGUCAAUGCUGGAUCUGGGUUCAGGAUGCUAUGGAAAGCAGUAAGGGCUUUUCUUGAUGCACGUACAUUAGCAAAGAUUCAUGUGCUGGGAUACAACUACCAAAAUAACCUGCUUGAAGCUAUAGAUGCAAGUAAUUUGCCAGGUUUUCUGGGAGGGAACUGUACAUGUUCUGAUUAUGGAGGUUGCUUAUUUAGCGAUAAAGGACCCUGGAACAACCCAGAGAUACAAGAAAUUCUUCAGGCAGUUUCUGCUACUGAAGAAGUAUCUAAUACUGGGGAAAAUAAUGGUGUGGCUUCAGAGGAGACACCGGACAGUGGCCAAAGUAAAGGUGCAAAUGCAACCUCCACAGCGCGAGAAGAUUUAGAAUUUAGGGAAACCAAAUUAAUUGAGAAGCUUCAGGCUCAGAAAAUCCAGGCAUUGGAAGCAUCACUUGCAAACACCAACCUUAAGCUCAAAUCAUUGGAAACAGCUAUUGAGGAAACCAAGAUGGUGUUGAAAGAACUUGCACAACAUGUAGAAGCACUGAGAAUUUAAUGACAUAAUAAAAGAAGCAACUAAGCCUAUUAUUGUAGAUGGAGCAAUGGGGUGGCUUGCUCCUGUGUGUUUAUUCAGGUGUAGCGUCGUGAAAACUGAAGUUUUGCAGCCUUGGAUCAUCCUGGUUGAGGCUGCUGAUUGAAAGUGGUGUUCAUUUGAUUUUCUUUUUAGAAGCUCAAGACACAGUAACUAUAAGCAGGAUUCACAUGAAAUAACUAAAAUCCAUAUACGUCUAUUUUAGUUCUAUCAUAAAUCGAAUCUAAAUAAGAAUUUUCUAAACAAGAUAGAUCAUGAAUUGUGAUUUGUUUAAUUGUUUUAAUAAUUAUUCAACAUAUGUUUUUAUUGGAGAUUAAUUAUGAAGUGUAAUUCGACUUGAGAAUAGUUUAACUCUUGACAUUUAAUUGCAU